AUGCCUGAUUGGGGACCAGUUUUUGUCGCGGUGGCGCUUUUCGUGUUGCUAACUCCGGGAGUGCUGAUUCAGAUUCCGGGGAAAAAUCGAGUGGUUGAGUUUGGAACAUUUCAGACAAGUGGGGUUUCGGUUAUAGUUCAUACUCUCAUCUACUUCACUCUUGUUUGUAUUCUCUUGCUAGCUAUCCAAGUUCACAUGUACAUAGCCUAAGCUUAUAAUAUAUAAAGAAAAUUCUCUCAAUUUUGGUCUCAAAUUUGAUUUUACUUGAAUUGUGUGUAGUGUGUACUUUGUUACCUGAAUUGUGUGAAAUUCACUGUUUUGUUUGAUAUAAGAAACAAAGUCGUUUUAUAAACAACGUGGUCUUUUAACUACCACUUCUCUAGACAUCUAUGUGUAUGUUGAGAUGUACAAUGUUAUAUGAUUAUAAAUUAUAACACUACAUACUUCAAUCUUGUAUUUCAGUUUAGUUUUUG